UAUUCCCUCCAGUGUCUGAGGAGGAGCAGACCUCUCUGAUUCCCUUCCCUCUCCUCCCCUCCCUCCUCCUUCCUUCCCCUUCUUCCCCUCAUUCUUUCUGUCUCUCUUUCUCUCUCCCUGUUUCUCUAUGAUUUGGUUUUUCAUUCUCUGGAAAAUACAUGAUGGUAGGUCUGAAGUUUUAGCAAAAGAUUUAAUGUACAAAAGUAUUUUUAGAUACUCAGCUGUACAGGCAUUAUUGUUUUAUCUCCUUGGCUUUAUUCAUCAGUUUUGGACAUGACAGCAUUUAAAAGGUUAAUGUCCAUUUUCAUGGCUGUUGGCUGCCUCAUUAGUCAUGGAAAGACACAGCAACAAUGCUCAACUGGGUUUGAGAUAGAUCGUGCCUCAGGCCAAUGCUUAGAUGUCGAUGAAUGCCGCACUAUUGCCGAGGCCUGUAGAGGAGAUAUGGUGUGUGUCAACCAAAAUGGGGGCUAUUUAUGCAUUCCACGAACAAAUGCCGUCUAUCGAUCCCCAUAUUCGAAUCCUUAUGCACCUAAUAUAUACCCACCGCCUCCAGUCCCAGCUCCUGCUCCAAAUUAUCCCACUGCUGGAAGAGCUCCUGCCAUUUGUCGGUUUGGGUAUCGAAUGAGUGAAAACAACCAGUGUGUAGAUAUCGAUGAAUGUGCAACUGAAUCACAUCAGUGCAACCCUACCCAAAUCUGCAUCAACACUGAAGGAGGAUAUACUUGUUCCUGCACUGAAGGAUACUGGCUUUUAGAAGGCCAGUGCUUAGAUAUAGAUGAAUGUCGCUAUGGAUACUGUCAUCAGCUAUGUGCCAAUGUACCUGGCUCCUAUUCCUGUACCUGCAACCCAGGAUUUGUCUUGAAUGAAGAUGGAAGAUCAUGUCAAGAUGUGAAUGAAUGUACAACUAACAACCCUUGUGUACAAAACUGUAUCAACACCUAUGGCUCAUUCCUUUGUCGUUGUGACCCUGGGUAUGAGUUGGAGACUGAUGGCAUUAGUUGUACCGAUAUGGAUGAAUGCAGCUUCUCAGAAUUUCUCUGUCAGCAUGAAUGUGUUAAUCAGCCAGGUAGUUACUACUGUUUCUGCCCUGCUGGUUACGUUCUUCUUGAGGACACUCGGUGCCAGGAUGUUAAUGAAUGUGAGGUUGGGAAUCACACUUGUACCGUGCAGCAAACAUGUUUUAAUGUCCAAGGAGGAUUCAAAUGCCUAGACCCAGUAAGAUGCGAGGAUCCUUAUAUCCUGAUCAAUGAAAAUCAUUGUAUAUGUCCAACUGAAAAUCCUAGCUGUAGAGACCAGCCCUUCACCAUCUUGUACAGGGACAUGGAUGUAUCAGGACGUACUGUGCCCUCCGAUAUAUUUCAGAUGCAAGCAACCUCUCGCUACCCUGGUGCUUAUUACAUCUUUCAGAUCAAAUCAGGAAAUGAAGGCAGAGAAUUCUAUAUGCGGCAAACUGGACCUAUCAGUGCCACACUUGUGAUGACUCGUCCUCUGAAGGGGCCACGUGACAUUCUGUUGGACCUGGAGAUGGUCACUGUUAACACUGUCAUCAAUUUCAGAGGAAGUUCUGUCAUUCGACUGAGGAUUUAUGUCUCACAAUAUCCCUUCUAAAUCUAGACUGGCAUUGCUUUCUUUAAAACAAUCACAGCAGCUGCUGAAAAAGGACCUUUUUCUGCCCGAACAUUUUUCUCAGGAGUCAGUUCUUCUAAUAACUCAACAUGAAAUUAGUAUUAAAGCAUGCUACAAUUGCUCAUAUUACAAUGAUUGGUCAGUACUUCUUGUGGUUUAAAGGCACCUGAGCUUUGAAUUAUCAAUGGAUUCUAUAGAAUUAUUUUGUUUUAUUUUGCUCAUGAGUGUUAAAAUACUUUCAUCUUGCUUUCCAAACUUUUUCUAAAGUGUGAUUGAAAGCUUUAAAAACUGUGAAGCUCUUCACUGUAAUGGCAAUGCUGUUUAGCCAAGAUGCUAGAGAAACUGGGAAAAGUUGGCUUCUACUGUUCUGCUUUCUAAAAAUGAAGGAAAAACAAGGAAAACGUGCUUGUGGAACCAGGAAAGCAUCAGCCACUCUCUCAAAAAUGUUUAUGGAAUAAUCUUAGGUUCUGAACCCUAGGUCUGAUUCAGGGGGAACAGUUCCUUAUCGGCCUUCCUUUAUAGUUUUUUCACAGAUGGAAAGGUUUUGCUUAUUCCCAGGCCAGGAAAUUGAUUCCCUGGAGAUUUUGACUAGAAUCCAAACCAACCACCAGCUAUUACACCUGCUUAAGAGAACUUAGCGCUUGUACUACUUGAAUAAAUCCACCUACACCCUAGGCAACCUGUUCUUAAAAUACAGAUAAUUUUCAAAAAUAGCUUGUUACAUGGCAUGUCAGGCUUAAUGCUCAACUUUAAAAAGUUUUUUAAAAAGUCAUACCAGGCACGAGAAAUGUAUCAGGCACACAUAAAGUAACUCUUUGGACAUUGGCCAUUAUGGAUAGUAUGAAUAUAACUUAAUGGCAUACUUUAAAAUAUUUAUUGAAAAAUAGGCCAUUAUGUUCUAUAUUUAUUCUAGGCCCAUUUCACUAACAGUCACAAAGCAGCCUACUGCUGUGUAAUGAUCAUUCAAUAUGAAGUCUGGGGGAAAAAAAGCCACACAUAUAGGUCAUAUUUUAGCAGCUCUAACGGAACCAUUUUUUAUUCUUAAUUUUAUUAAGCUUAUUUUAUAUUACUCUUCUUCUGUUUUCUGCAUAGGAAAAGAAAUGUAUCUGCAAUCCAAGAAAAAAGGUACCCAGGCUGGUAGUAAGCAUAGCUCAAUAGCAGAGUAUGUAAAUUCCCUGCUUAGCCACCAGCAUUUCCAGUUAAAAGACCUCAGGAAGCAGAAUGGGAAAACCUCUAGAACUGCAACAUGCAAGCACAGCCAUUACAGGGCUAAAUGGACCAGCAGUUUGACCUUGAAAAAGGCAGGUUUUUAUUGCAUAUUAAAAAAACCAGAUGUUCUGUAUCCAGUGAUAUAUGCCCCAAAUACAGGUAGUCCCCGAUUAACGAGCACUUGUUUGAAGUUAUGACGUUGCUGAACGAGGUGACAUAUGGCUGGUCCUCAAAGUUGCUCCUGUUGGGAUGUCCCUGUGGUCACAAUUGUGAUUGGUGCUUGGCAACCAGCUUGCAAUUAUGACAACUGCAGCAUCCCCCGGUCACGUGAUCACCAUUAGCAAUCUUCACUGCUGGCUUCCAACAAGCAAAGUCAAUGGGGAAGCCAGCAGGAGGUUGCAAAUGGCGAUUACCUGACAUUGCGCCUAGCGACCACACAGGAUGCACCUAACAACCACAAUUGGAACAGUUGGAAUGUGACAUUGCGCUUUACAACUGUGUUGCUUAGCGACAGAGUUCCCAGUCCCACUUACCAUUGUUACCCAAGGACUACCUGUAAGCAUUAUGUUACAGCAUAUACACAUGCAUGGGUGCCUUCCUGGAGACUGCCUGGACAAGUCCCUUCAGUUUUCUUGGUAAGAUUUUUGGAAGUGGCUUACCAUUGCCUUCUUCCUAGGGCUGUGAGAGAGUAACUGGCCCAAGGUCACCCAGCUGGCUUUGUGCCUAAGGCAGGACUAGAACUCACGGUCUCCUGGGUUCUAGUCUGGCGCCUUUAACCACUACACCAAACUGGCUCUCUUACUGCAUAUAUAAGAAGAGUUUAUCUCUUAGAUAUUCCAGUACAUGAAUUAAUUCAUACUUUACUAUUCAUUUUUAAGAUUGCCACUAUGGAUAAGCUGACAUAAGAUUAAGGUAACAUGAACUGGCUAUGCUGAACCUAAAUCUGAUUUCUCAAUAUUUCUCACAUUUCUCAUUCAAAAUAAUGUACGUGGUCCAAAUUUCAAUGGAAGCUCAGUAGGGAUUAGAUAAUGAACCAAUUAUGUAAAAAAAAAAAAAGCUGAUUGCACCUGUCCUGGGAUUUGAGAUCAUAAUUGUGACUGCACUUGCACACAUAUCUGGAGAACAUUUAUUUAUGGGAGCAAAAUCAAAACUAAUCAUAGUAGCAAUGAACAUGGUUCUGUCAUUUAAAAAACAUAUAUUUUUAUUUUUGUCUUAAGAGUUGAUUUCCUGCACUAAUUAUAGCAUUGCUUUUUAAUAGUUUUAAUAGCUCUAACAAUACACUGAUUUUUUUAAACUGUAUCUUUAUUUUAAUUUUUCACUUAGUUUCACCAGGUUUCCUGGAAGAAAAAUAUAUUGUUCAGGACCAAAUUGUGAACACGCAAGUAGUUCACUAAGGCAUGAUAUUUUUCUGAACGUUCUGAUCACAUAAGAGGCUGUAUUCCUAUUCCAGCUGUGCUUAAUUUAUAUGUUGUUUAAACUGUUCUUCAAAGUAAAAAAAGAUGUGCAGAUUUUUUAAAAAGGGAGAUUAUAUGUGGCAAUAUAUCUAAGUUUGGACUCUAAAAGGCCUUCACCUUAAGCAGUGAAAUAUGUGAACAUAGACUGCCACUUAUUUUGUAGAGCCUACACAAAGAAAAAAUCCUAUGCAAUUUAAAUACUGUAAGAUUCAGUUUUCUAGCUUAUUUAAAUUAACAGGCUUGAAACAUUUUGCAAGAUGAGUUUGCCCUACUUUGGAUGGAGCAAUAAGGUAUGAUUUAAUAUUAUAGACAAAAGCAGUAGCAGACUUUGGAUGACUUCCAUAUAAUUAUAAUUACUGCAGACAAUGUGAAGAUCCUGGGUAGCUUCCUUUCUGGUUUAAGGAAUUGCUUGGCUUGAAAGCAUCUAUUUCUCUUUUUCAGAGCUCCACAAAGCUGUUCCAAAGGUUUGCUGUUGCUCAUGCAUGUAAUGUUGAACUAUCUUUUCACUUAUGUCCAAAAGAGAUAUUUACAUGUGCAUGUGGAAAAAUAUGUAAUGGUUAUUUGGUUGUCCAUUUUCCGGAUGUGUACUAUUUACUAAUAAUGUGAGUUUUCUCCCUAACAAUCAAAUGACCAUCUAAAAGUGCUUUACUGAAACGAUGAUUUUCCUUUCCUGCUCCAGUUCAGCCACAGAACAAAUGUUCUUCCCCCCCCCCCCCACUGCAUUAUAUGGUGAGGCAAUGCAAUUCUGUCGGUGCUGUUUGGGCACAAAGGGUUAGAGAUACUUUUUCUUUGCCAUAUAAAAAGUUAAUAUUUACAGUGGAAUACUUCUAUGAAAAAUGUGCAAAGGAAAUUAUUAACCAAUGAAAACCCUGCUGAAAUAUAUGGACAUUAUUAAGUAAAUAAACUAUGCCUGAAGACAUAA